CCGCCGACGUCGCCCUCCUCCGUCCACGGCCGCGGAGGCUCAGUCAGGAACCAUGAUCCUUUCCUCGGCGCGGAACAUUUCGCAACUGUCGGUCUACUGACUCACCGCGGGCAGCCCUUUUAGCGCAGACUCGCCUGUGUAAAAUGGCCCAGCAGAACCACAGCUGUCAUUAUAAUGAGUCCAUGGGCUUCUUCUACAACAACAGUGGCGCUGAAGAUAAAUGGGACAAAACCCAGCUCAUCCUGGUCCAGGUGGUGGGCUCUCUCUUCUGCUGUUUCAUCCUGGUCUCCAACGCCAUGGUCGUAGCUGCUGUCAUCAGCAACAAGAGGUUUCACUACCCUUUCUACUAUCUUCUUGCCAACCUCGCUGCCUCGGACUUCCUCGCAGGCAUAGCAUACGUGUACCUCAUGUUUAACACCGGCGAGGUGUCACGGAAGCUGACGGUUAAAGGAUACUUUAUCCGCCAAGGUCUGCUGGACAUCAGUCUGUCAGCCUCGCUGUCUAACUUGCUAGUAAUAGCUCUGGAGCGCUACAUCUCCGUCAUGAACUGGAAAGUCCACAGCAACCUGACAAAGAGGAGGGUGACGCUGCUGAUCGUGCUCGUGUGGGCCAUCUCCAUCUUCAUGGGGGCCGUGCCCAGUCUGGGCUGGAACUGCAUCUGCAACCUGAGCGAUUGCUCCCAGCUGGCCCCCAUCUUCAGCAGGAGCUACCUGACCUUCUGGUCUGCGUCGAACCUGGUGGUGUUCCUGGUCAUGGUGGCCAUCUACUUGAGGAUCUACACCUACGUCAAGAAGAAGACGUCGGUGCUCAUGCAACACACCAGUGGCUCCAUCAACCGCAAGAGGACGCCCAUUAAGCUCAUCAAGACAGUUAUGGUUGUACUUGGGGCCUUUGUGAUCUGCUGGACCCCCGGCCUGGUUGUUCUGCUGUUGGACGGCCUCAACUGUAAGAGUUGUAACGUCAUGAAAUUAAAGCGCUGGCUGUUGCUCCUGGCCGUGCUCAACUCCGUCAUGAACCCCUGCAUCUACUCCUACAAGGACGAGGAAAUGUGGACAACCUUCAAGAACCUCAUGCGCUGCAUUGGCAACGGCACUCGGCGGCAGCGGUCGACGAAGGCCAACGCCAGGCCGCUCAGCUCUGCUCAGGAUACGGGCAACAGUCAGCCCCCGUCAGAGGAGAUGAAAAAUGAGGAUCUGGGCAUACUCAACACCUGAAAACGGAGCUUUGUUAAGAAAUUUUACAGAACUUGUGGACAGCUUCGACUGGACGUACCUUAUGAAGUCCCAGACUGGGGGUGACUUGAAGCAGAAACUACAAACUUGGUCUCCAGCUGGUCUCAGGAGGACAUUGUUGUCCUCAGUACUUUCUUGAAAAGACACUGCAGGCCACCUGCUCCUGUGCAGAGCUGAGGUUGUGGUGAGAUGGAGAUAAGGGGCUUUGAUGCACUAAUAAAUCCCCAAAUGGAUGCAAAGAUGUGCUUUUUCAGUUUUUUCAUUUUUUUUAGAGGUUUUGAACAUGACUCCCAUUUAUAUGUAAUGAGAGAUUGCUGAUACUGUGUCAUCUGGCUUUUUUGUCCUCCUCAUCACAUCCCUUUUCUGGGUUAUUUAAAGUAUGAGGUACAUAGCGGUACAAAUAUUACUUUUACCUCAAAAGGGGGAAAAAUUAUGCUAUGGGUGAUAUUACUUCCACCCACAUAUAAAUUUUUGUAAAAGUUUAAUGGAUGAACUAGUCAAGAAAUAUAACUUGUUUAUAGGCAGGUACUAUAAAACUGUAGGUUUGCUUGAAUAGGGACUGCUGUCUGAACUGCUGUACUGUAAGCGUCUACUUGUACAUCCUGUAAAAAGUAAUUUCAAGUUUAGAAAAUCACACCCACCUUUCCUUUGUAAAGCAGUUUUGCCUCAGGGGAAUAGAUAACAGCGUCACUCUUCUCUCGUCCCAUCUGUCUUCUUUUAUCAGCUCACCUAAAGAAAUUGAUCAUUUCCACCUGCAGCGCCUCAUGCAGGCGACGUUGUUCUCCCUGUAGCAUUCUUGCACUUCCGCCUAAGAACACUGAACUGACUGGCUGCCGUUGCUGUGAUGAAACAACUGCUCACCUGACAGCGGAGGGGAUUGCAAAACACUGGAUUCCUGCGGGAAGUUCAGCAUACACUGUGUACCUGCAGGAACCAAAGAGGAUAUGACUGAAUAGACUGUAACCACCCACAGACUCCCCCUGGGCCGCUCCGACGAGUCCAUUGCUAAAUCAUUGACAGGGUACAAAUGACUCUCCUUCAAAGUGCUGUACAGUAUUUAUGCCACUUCUGCUGUAAAGCAGGGCAUCAUUAAAGCUAUUUUUACUUUUUUUUUGGGAGUGGAGGAAUGCCAACAUUAUGAAAACUGUGUGUGGAAAGGUUUACAGCGUCAGUGGUUUUUCUUUAUUGAACUGAGGUUAUUAAUGGUAAUUUCCUGUGUAGUGUGACUUUUAUAACUGUUGGACAUUUAAAAUCAUAAACGUUAACUGACUUUAUUAAGUAACAGCUUUUGGAGUCUUAUGUUUUUUUUUUUUUUUGGUCAAACAUCAUGAUAACAUGUACGAUACAGUGUGUCUGUUUUCUCCUCAUGGUAUGACAACAUGAUACAGAAACAGCAACUAGCAUAGAGGUUUCACAGCAGAGCUAGCAAGGACUUUCACUCCAUAGUUAUCUAAUAUGAACAUCAGGUUGAAAUUGAUGCACUCAAAGUUCCUAAAAUGGUUAAAAUAAUAUAAAUUUAUAUAUGAUAUAAUAUCUGUUAUUAUCAUGUGACUAUGAUUUUAAACCUACCAUUAAGUUUAACCUUAAACUUAAUCUAAUUUUCUGGCGUUCACUACAUUUGUAGCCACGCUAGCGGUGGGGCUCGUGGGCAGUGUCGGUUGGGUAGCUGGUUGACCAGACCAGCGCUUUGGUCGUGAAAUUUUGUACAGAUACUCAUGGUCCCCAGAGGAUGAAUCCUACUGAUGUUAGUAUCCCCUUGACGUUUCAUUUAACGGCACCAGCAGGUCAGUGUUUUCACUUAUGUGGCGAAAUAGCUCAACGUCUAUCAGAAAAUUUGCUACAGACAUUCGUGGUUUCCAGACAGCCGUUUAAAAUGUUGCACACGCCACCCACUUGGCACCUUACGAUGGCCCAACCAAACCAGAAGGUUACUUGCAAAUCCUGUUUGAGUGUGUCAGACUGAGUGUCCUGAUUUCAAAUAGAAGUAACUGUCACUGGCUGAUAAUAACUGCUUGUGAUGGUAGAACGUCUGAUAACGCUGAAGGCCGGUGUGAGUGUACUAACAAAAAUAACACUGAAAAUGAUUAUCUGACACUCCUGUUACAUGACUUGCACUGCAGUCAAUAGCUGAUGAAGUACCGCUGCUUGAGAUUUCUAGGGGUCUGGAGCUGCCACUUCACGAUGAUUUACUGUGCUCGGGCCAAUUAAUGAGUGACCUUUAGUUUCCAUUUAGUCAGUCUCCUACUGGCCAAAGAUCCCAAGAAAAAGAAUUGACUUUUAAGUGGGCGGAGCAAGAUCCUCCUCUCAAUUAGACUGCAAAGCACUUGCAUCAGUAAAAAUAAAAGUAUUUUAAUCUAAAUUUAACACAGCUUUCUUUGAUCAAUCAGAACCUGCUUUUACUAUUGGAUAAAUGUCACCCACCUGAAACGUGUCAUGGAAAAUGGUGAAAUGUAGUCUAAAGGUAACAUUAAAUAAAUGUAAACAUUAACACAUACUUUAUAGAUUAUUAGCAGUGUAUUCUGCAUCUAGAUGUAAAUCAGUCAUUUCUUUUAAAUGUGAUGUUAAUAUAUUCAGCAUACUUUAUACACAGCUCCUGUGUUCUUCAAAAAAAGCCUUUGAAUCCUGUUAAAGUUUCAAACCUCCUCUCUAAUUUACUCAAGUUAACAUGCUUGAAAUGCAUGCCUAUUGUUCAUAACCUUUCACUCUUUACAACCACAAACCCACAGCUGUUUUUACCCCCCCCCCCAUAAUCUAGGUAACCGGCUUUUAAAGCAUUCCUAAUCACAUGUUAAAAUGCUUUUUAUGCAGUAAAAUCUUACACACAACUCCGGAUAUAAUCUCCUAAGAGAUGUACAGUGUAGAAGAAAAGGUUCUACACUGUACAUUCUGCCAAUAGAAAACUGCUCAGGUUGUAAAUGACAUUUGGUUUAUGUUUCAGGUUGAGGUUUGACUUGAUUAAAGUCAUGUGGUUUAUAUUAAGACCAUGCUGUAUUGUAGCGAGUACUGUAUAUCCUCUGUAGCAGAGCCCGGUGUAGACUUGUCGUGACUGUUGUCGGCCACUGCGGGUUUUGCAUUCCCAAAAUCAUAAGCUGUAAACUGUGUGGUGGGGCAGGCCUUUUUCUACAGCUGUGCUGUAAUUAUGCAUUCUUGAAAAGCCAAUUA